CUUUUAUACACUGAUAUAGAAAGUAGAAUAUAGCCUCUGUAAAAACCCAAUUAAUACCCAAGUUGGAAAUUCCAAUCAUACGUUACGUUUUUACAUGAAAUUCGCUGGAUGUUGUGCAGGGUGCUGCUGUAAACACCAACACGUGGCUGUUAACAGAACUUCCGAGGUAUCAUCUAAACAGCUGCUUGAGCAGAAAGCAUGGAAGGCAUCGCAUACGUUUUAGUAUGUCUCGUACCGAUACUGAUUGCAUUUGUGCUAUUUUGUGUUUGUUGUGUAUGGUGUUGUCAAGAGCGUCAGAAAAGAACAGUUGUUUAUGAGCCAUUAGAUAGUGUGAGGACUGAGGAAAACUCUGGCAACAUACACAAGUUUACAACGUUUUCUAGCAGAACAGAGCAAAGUCUAGAGACAAAAACCGGAAUCAACAAACAGUUUAACAAAGAAUAUGGUUUGGUCUGCGAGUAUUGUGAGAGAGAUUUUAGGCGGAAAAGUGCUCUUAAGGACCAUCAGAGGGAUACAUACUUUGCAAAAUGCAGAUUUAAAAAGUACAAACAAGUGCGGCAGGGAGACAACGCAAGAAACUUCGUUAAAGAGAGAUGUGAGCAAGCUGCAUUGUACAUGGAUAAUUAUCAUAAGUGCAGAGAUACAGUCAUUGAAGUCCUGACCAAAAUGCUCGGACACAGCAGCAAUGGUGGCCGUUUCUGUGAAACGCCUGAUAGAGAAGGUUCCACAAAGACAGGACUUAAGACUAGAAAAGCGGUCGAAUUCGACUUCAGUGUAGAGAUACUACUGCAUGAAAACCCGGACGUCAUAUUUGGUAACGAAUCUAACUAUGACAUUGAUGACACGAGCCCUGAUAAUAUUCCACCCGGUUCUGCACAAGUAAGGCUUAAGUUGAGAGAUAUCAAACGAUUUAAAGAGUGCUGCAGAUAUGGUGACAAUGGGGUAUUGUCACCAUACGAGUUAAGGAAAGUCUUCCACAGAUACAUAUACAGUGUGCAAAAUACAGGUGGGCUAUCAAAUUACAAUUUUUUAGGAAUAUAUGGUGUGAAUGUAAUUGUCUGCAAGGCGAUAAAUGGCCCAGCCGUAAGGCUUAUCGUUGAGCACUGGGAUAUCCCACAUAAAAUCGACGUCGACUUAACACCAAAGAUAGUUUUACCUUCCAUGCAUGAAAUUCACGGACUUGAUUGGCCUCGAAACGACACAUACCGAUUCCUAAUGGCAUAUCAAAUGAAUACUGUAAAGAAUCAGCCGCUUUAUCUUGUUCCAAAGAAGGAGAAAUACUGGUCAGUAUCGUCCGCGAAUUAUGAAAAUGCUGUUCUCCACAUAUUUCCCAACACUUCGACUGAAAAGAACAUUCUACGCUGUAUGAAAGUGAGGCUAGAAGCAUGGCGGACUCGGUCACCGAUAAAAAUGAAGCCGAUCAGCUCUUACAUUUUAAAGGAAGUGUUUUUCUGGUUGAGGGAGAACUUGCCGGAAGACAACCUUUGGACGCCUGACAAGUGUGCAGACAGAUACUGCAAUUUCCUCGAGGAGUUAAAGUUUUGUUUUAGGUACAAGCAUCUGUUUGACUACUUCUUUCCUGCCACUGACCUCAUGAAAGGUAAAGAAAACUCCUGUACCACGAUGAUUAAAUAUCUUGACCAAGAAUUAGAGUGGAUACAAGCAAAUGCAUAACUGGACAUAAAUAUGUAGCAAGUAAAACGGACAUAAAUAUGCAGCAAAUACAAGCACGUGCUUUAAAACUGGACAUAAAUUUACAUUGUAUACAAGUAAAUGCUGAACUGGACAUAAAUAUACAUUGUGUACAAGUAAAUGCUGAACUGGACAUAAAUAUACAUAGUGUACAAGUAAAUGCUGAACUGGACAUAAAUAUACAUAGUGUACAACUAAAUGCUGAACUAGACAUAAUGUACAGUGGAUAAAAUGCUUAACAGAACAUAAUUAAAUGAACAUACAUGAAAAUAUAUAGUGAGUACAAGUAAAUACAUGUAAAUAUAAAGUGGGUACAAGCAAAUACAUGUAAAUAUCUAGUGGGUACAAGCAAAUACAUGUAAAUAUCUAGUGGGUACAAGCAAAUACAUGUAAAUAUCUAGUGGGUACAAGUAAAUACAUGUAAAUAUCUAGUGGGUACAAGCAAAUACAUGUAAAUAUCUAGUGGGUACAAGCAAAUACAUGUAAAUAUCUAGUGGGUACAAGCAAAUACAUGUAAAUAUAUAGUGGGUACAAGCAAAGACUUAAAUGAACAUAUUUGAAAAUGUAUAGUGAGUACAAGCAAAUACAUGUAAACAUAUAGUGGGUACAAGCAAAGACUUAAAUGAACAUAUAUGAAAAUGUAUAGUGGGUACAAGUAAAUACAUGUUAAUAUAUAGUGGGUACAAGCAAAUACAUGUAAAUAUCUAGUGGGUACAAGCAAAUACAUGUAAAUAUAUAGUGGGUACAAGCAAAUACAUGUAAAUAUAUAGUGGGUACAAGCAAAGACUUAAAUGAACAUAUUUGAAAAUGUAUAGUGAGUACAAGCAAAUACAUGUAAACAUAUAGUGGGUACAAGCAAAGACUUAAAUGAACAUAUAUGAAAAUGUACAGUGGGUACAAGUAAAUACAUGUUAAUAUAUAGUGGGUACAAGCAAAUACAUGUAAAUAUAUAGUGGGUACAAGCAAAUACAUGUAAAUAUAUAGUGGGUACAAGCAAAUACAUAUAAAUAUAUAGUGGGUACAAGCAAAGACUUAAAUGAACAUAGAUGAAAAUAUAUAGUGAGUACAAGUAAAUACAUGUUAAUAUAUAGUGGGUACAAGCAAACGCUUAAAGGAACAUACAUGAAAAUGUAUAGUGGGUACAAGCAAAUACAUGUAAAUAUAUAGUGGGUAGAAGCAAAUACUUAAAUGAACAUAUAUGAAAAUGUAUAGUGGGUACAAGUAAAUACAUGUUAAUAUAUAGUGGGUACAAGCAAAUACAUGUAAAUAUAUAGUGGGUACAAGCAAAGACUUAAAUAAACAUACAUGAAAAUGUAUAGUGGGUACAAGUAAAUACAUGUAAAUAUAUAGUGGGUACAAGCAAAUACAUAUAAAUAUAUAGUGGGUACAAGCAAAGACUUAAAUGAACAUAGAUGAAAAUAUAUAGUGAGUACAAGUAAAUACAUGUAAAUAUAUAGUGGGUACAAGCAAGUACAUGUAAAUAUAUAGUGAGUACAACUAAACGCUAAAAUGAACAUAGAUGAAACUAUGUAGUGGGUACAAGCAAAUACUUUUAAAAAUGAAUAUAUAUGAAAAUGUAUAGCGGAUACAGGAAAAUGCUUAAAUGUAAUGCUUAAAUGGAAAUACAUGAAAAUACAAAGUGAAUACAAGCAAAUGCUUAAAUGGACAUACAUGUAUAUAUAUAUAACGGACACAAGCAAAUGCUUAGCCGUACACAAAUAUGUCAUGCAUACAAAUAAAUGCUUAACUGUCAGAAAUGAUUCCUGCUUUAUAAUUCUAAAAAGGAAUGAGAUAUUGUGAUAAUACUUGGUAUGAAUGUAGCUUAUAGGAAGAUUGUGUGUUUCAACUGUAACCAUUAGAGAAAUGUCCUAUUUCAACGACAAAAUAGGACCUAUUUUUACUAUAUAUGUUGGAAUAUAGGUAGAUGUAGAUUGGCAUAUCCAGUAUCACAGAUAAACUUCCGGGACAUAUGACACAUUUGUGGCGAGUUCUGCAAUCGCUCGAACUAAAGCACUUACUAAGACGUCGUAAAACAGGCCAACAAUUUAUAGAUAUUAUUAAAAUGGCAUAUCAUUGAUAUACUACUGAUAGGGUUUAUCAAAAGUGUUUUGGGACCUGCAUCUUGGGAAGUUUAUACCUCAUAGAUAACUCUUUUAUAAUUUUCAUACUGAGUUGUUCGGAGGAAGUAGGAAAUACUUUAUACAAAGGUAGGCUUCUUUUGGAACAAAUAUUUUAUCUUAUAUCAUAUGUAGCCUACUUUUGACUGUCAACGUUCCAUUUUGUAGAAAAUAUCAAACUUCUUUUUCAAAAGUAUUUUUUUUCUCUAGGUACUCUCAGUAAUGAAACAAUGUUAACUUAUAUAUUUUCUUAAAAUAGUAGUAUUUUGUUAUUUUGACUUGCAUUUCGCAUUUUUUUUUUUUUUCAACUUUUGAAAUGUACAUGUUUCGCAACAUUUUCAACACUGAGAGAACAUUGAGAGAUAUGUUAAACACAUAAUAAAUAUGUGGAUAAUGUCAAAAAGUAUUCAAAUUGAAAAAGAAGUUUGACUUUUUCUGCAAAAUAGAAUGUAGAGAGUGAAAUUAUAUGUGAUAUAUGACACAAGCUGUUGUUCCAAACAGAACAAACUAUCUUGAAAUACACUUCUACUUGGUAUAUAUGUUAUAAAAACACAAAAACCAAUGAAGUGUAAAAACAUAAAUUCUAACACGACCAGCAAUUCUAACACGAUCCGAUUCAUUUUCCUAUUAAACAAAGAAGGCAGAAAACUGAAUUAUUAUACAACAAAUCACUGUUCUGACGUCACAAUUAUUACGUCAUGCCGUCAAACGGCAUAGCGGCGCGCUGGAAAAGAAACCGAUUGAAAACGGGCAAAUAUUUCAAGAAUGUCAUCAAGAAUGUACUUAAAAAUCCUUAGUAACGUGUAAGAAUCGAGUAAUAUAUCUCAUUGAGUGAUUUGCUAUUGAAUAAAUCAUUGUUUGUCGUUCAGAUGCGUAUUAUUAUAUCACGAGGGCGCACGUGAUAUAAUUCCUUCGCAUCUGAACUCCAAACAAUUUAUUCAACGACAAAUCACUGGAAGAGAUAUAUUAUUUCUUAAACAAAAAUCCACCCUUGGGGGGGGGGGGGGGGGGGGGUUAGAAACACGUUACAAGAACCUUUCGGAUUAUCCAAAAAACAAAAGCCCUAGUUAUUAUACUAGAUAUUAAAAUGGCCGAUCACGAAGAUGAUUUGUUAGAGGAAGAAGAUUGGUAGAAAGAAGAGAGGUAAUGGUGAAUAUUUGACAAGACGUUUAAAUUAAAAGAUAUUAGGAGGAACAUUUGACUAUGUAGACCACUGUACUUGAUAUAUAUAAACUAAAAGGAUCUAAAUGUGUUGCGGUGUUUUGAAUUACACUUUUUUGUCUUUUGUCUAAAAACAAGAACAAGGGUCCAAUGGGAAAAGGAACAAUUCUGGUUUAGUUCCGAAAGAAAAUCCUCUAGUUAUUUUACCUGACCACAAAGUGCUCAUGGUGAGCUUUUCAGAUCGUCG